CCUCAAGUCGAAACGUCGAGAAGUGUAGUUUACAGAUCGCGGAUCCUCAAUAAAUCGGGGUUUAAAAACAAUAGAGUCUGUCAAGCAUGUAAGACGAUCAGGCACCAACUCAUAACUUAUUAUCAAAUUACAUUAUCUUUAUAGGCUGAACUUGCACUAUCGCGGACAGUUUCGGAGGCCGGGAUACGACAGAAGUCUUGAACGUUUGCGCCUUACGAAAUAUAUCUGAGAUGACCUCAAACAAAGACACGAAUGAUUGUUGCAUUGGUCCAGGAUAUGCCACUCCAUUGGAUGCAAUGAAGAAUGGUCCUCGAGAAAAAAUUGUUUAUCUCCCAUGUGUUUAUCAAAGUACUGGCAUUAAGAAACCUGAUUAUUUAGCUACAGUUGACGUGGAUCCACAGUCACUAGAUUACUGCAAGGUGAUCCAUCGUCUCCCAGUACUUCAUUUGGAAGAUGAGUUACAUCACAGCGGCUGGAAUGCAUGCAGUAGUUGCCACGGUGAUCCAAGCAGAAAACGAGACUCCUUAAUAAUGCCUUCCAUUAUAAGCAGUCGUAUUUACAUCUUUGAUGUCGCUACCGAUCCUCGGACACCCAGAAUUCGCAAGGUGAUUGAGCCAGAAGAAGUAUUUGAAAAAUCCGGUUUAGCUUACCUGCAUACGUCACAUUGUCUUGGUAACGGUGACAUCAUGAUCAGUGCAAUGGGAGAUCCACAAGGCAAUGCUAAAGGCGGGUUUGUUCUGGUGGAUGGAAAGGACUAUUCAGUGAAGGGCAAAUGGCAAGAACAAACUACGGAGUUUGGUUAUGACUUCUGGUACCAGCCUCGACACAAUGUGAUGAUCAGCUCAGAGUGGGGAGAACCUAAAUCAUUGUGCACUGGAUUUAAUCCGCAACAUGUAGCUGAUGGCAAAUAUGGCCAGAGCAUCCAUGUCUGGGACUGGACGACACGUGAACUAAAGAAAAGUAUAAAUUUGGGAGAUGAAGGAAAGAUUCCACUGGAAUUAAGAUUUCUGCACAAUCCUGAGGCUAACUUGGGAUAUGUUGGUUGUGCUCUAUCAAGCACUGUCUUUGCUUACUAUCCGAACAAGAACGGUGAAUGGGUCGCUGAAAAAGUAAUUUCUAUUCCAAGCAAGAAGGUUGAAGGAUGGGCGUUGCCAGAAAUGCCAGGUUUGAUAACAGAUAUUUUGAUCUCCCUGGAUGACAGAUUUCUUUACUUCAGCAACUGGUUGCACGGGGAUAUCCGUCAGUAUGACAUCACAGACCGACUACACCCAAAACUCGUUGGCCAGGUAUUCAUUGGUGGCAGUAUAGCCAAAGGAGGAACAGUCAAAGUGAUCAAAGACGAUGAGUUGAAAGAACAACCCGAGGCUGCUUAUGCCAAAGGAAAAAAGAUUCAAGGAGGAGCUCAAAUGAUUCAAUUAAGUUUGGAUGGAAAACGACUUUAUUUAACAACAUCUCUUUUCAGCAUAUGGGACAAACAGUUUUAUCCGGAAAUGAUGAAAAAAGGCUCCAUGCUUUUAAAGGUAGAUGUAGACACAGAGAAAGGAGGUUUAACACUGGACAAAGAAUUUGGUGUUGAUUUUGGAGAGGAACCUGACGGUCCAGCUCUCGCACACGAGAUCAGAUAUCCUGGUGGUGAUUGCUCGUCAGAUAUAUGGAUCUAAUUCGGUUAUUUCAUAGACUUAUUCAAUUAUUGAUCACUCAAGCCGCGCGCAAUUAUGUCAUAUUUACAUUUAAUAAUUUGAAAAAUUACUA